CCGCGCGUUUGGCGCGAAAUGGCUCGGUACCUGGUGAGCCGGCCUGAACUGCACCAGUUCAUUGAGUGCUGUAUGAGUGCAGUUGGAGCGCGAAGCAGCCAUGGAUCAGCAAUGGCCGAUGUACUGGUGGAAGGAGAUUAUCGAGGACAUUAUAGCCACGGACUGAACAGACUUGAUACGUACCUGAAUGAUCUGAAGACUGGGAUCUGUGCAAAGGAAGGGGAACCCACUGUUGAAAAGUUCACUGAAGCCACUGCAUUGGUGAAUGGCAAUAACUUGCUUGGACCUGUUGUCGGCAACUUCUGCAUCAAUCUUGCUAUCAAAAAGGCCAAAGAAGUGGGAAUAGGCUGGGUGUGUGCUUAUGGUUCCAACCAUUAUGGCAUCGCAGGCUUCUAUUCCAUGCAAGCUGUGAAAUGUGGCCUCAUUGGGAUGUCUUGUACCAACACCUCUCCAUUUGUGGUGGCAACCAGAGCAAAGGAGUGCACCUUGGGAACCAAUCCUAUUAGUGUCGCUGCUCCUGCCCUGGAUGACGACAUCUUUGUGUUGGACAUGGCCACAUCGGCUGCAGCGUUGGGAAAGAUAGAACUUCAACACCGACGUGGAGAGAUAGUUCCUGAAGGAUGGGGCUGUGACGCCAACGGCAAAAACACCACAGAUCCAGCAAGUAUCCUGCAUGGAGGGUGUCUGUUGCCUCUGGGAGGAAGUGAAGCUACAAGUGGGUACAAGGGCUAUGGACUCAGUCUGAUGGUGGAGGUGUUCUGUGGAAUUCUAGCGGGAGCUCAUUACAGUAACAACAUCCGCCACUGGAAGGAGAUGGACGCGGUGGCGGACUUGUCCCUCUCCCGCAUUCACCCUCUGUAG